AUGGAUUGGGUCAAAUGCAACACUGAUGCGGCUCUUUCUAAUGCAAAUAAUAGCUAUGGCAUUGGCUGGGUGCUUCGUGACCAUACAGGUAACAUGUUGUGGAUGGGGGCCAGAAAAAUCCCGGUAACCCGAACUGUUCUGGAGGCGGAAGUUGAAGCUAUGAGAUGGGCUAUGCUUGUGCUAUCAAACUUUAAUUAUAAAAGGAUCAUCUUCGAAUCUGACUCCAAAACUCUAGUGGAUUCCUUUUCGGAGAAGGAUCAAUGGCCAUCCCUUCAGCCGGUGAUACAAGACAUUCACAAUCUUCUUGGCAACUUCAAUGACCACAAGCUCGCGUUUUACCCAAGGGAAGGAAACGAUGUUGCAGAUAGAAUAGCAAAGGAGACUCUUUCGUUUACGAAUUAUGUCCCUAAGUUGUAUUCUUCUCUGCCUAAUUGGAUCAAACCGUUUGUUGAGGUUGAUCAUCUAUGA